CCUUCUCAAGGAAGCCACCACUCCCCUCUUUUUAUAAGAGCUCUCUCAAACCAUCCUUCUACAAAUCCCAAACUCUGUACCUCGAAAGGGCUUGAGCUUUUUAGAGCAUUUCUCUGCCUUUGAUUCUUCAAAUCCAAGUUCUUCCUGGAAAUCCAUGGAGCCUUCUCGAUUAUCUUCUGGGGAGAUCCAUGUCAUCAUCGGCCCAAUGUUUGCAGGGAAAACAACGGCUCUUCUCCGUGGCAUCCAGACUGCAAUCAAUAACGGAAGAAACGUAGCAGUGAUAAAAUCGAACAAAGAUACAAGAUAUGGAUUGGGCUCCGCUGUUACCCAUGAUGGGGUGAAGCUUCCGUGUUUUGCAUUGGCUGAUCUAUCAUCUUUGACCGAAAAAAUUGGAAUCCAAGCUUAUGAAAAGCUGGAUGUGAUAGGAAUUGAUGAAGCUCAAUUUUUUGAAGACCUUUAUGAUUUCUGUUGUAAGGCAGCUGAUGAUGAUGGGAAGACAGUAAUUCUUGCAGGCCUUGAUGGUGACUACUUGAGGAGAAGCUUUGGUUCAGUGCUUGAUGUUGUACCUUUGGCUGAUUCUGUAACCAAGUUAACUGCUCGAUGUGAACUCUGUGGUAAACGAGCUUUCUUUACCUUGAGGAAGACGAAGGAGACACAGGCAGAACUGAUUGGUGGGUCUGAUAUCUAUAUGCCAGUAUGUCGACAUCACUAUACCAACGGACAAGUUACUGAAGCUGGAAGUGUUGUCAUGAAGUCUCAAAAGAUUCAGUAAAUAGUGAAUCAUCUUUGCUGCUAACUUAGUAUGUUCUCUUUAUUCUGCAAUCUGGGUGUUUUUCAGAUUUAUGGUUAUGUAACUCUAUGUGUAUAGAAGCUACUUCUCAAUCUUCCAUAGAUUUCUUGGAAGUGUUAUAAAGUUUAGGUUUUCU